GCGAAUAAAACAAACAAACGAAUUCGAAAGGAAGUGCCAAAUGGAGUCGACUGUUGACGUUAACUACUAACGUGUGUAUAUUUGUACGUUGGCAAAUACAAAUAUACGUUCAAGAAAGAUGUCGUUUUCAAAGUCUUCCCGUCAGAAAACUAGCGCAAAAGUGAAAAAUAAGCGCACUUUCGCCACUAUCGGUGUUUCCCAUUCGAAUCGUUCUCUCUCCCCUUCAACUCCAUUGAUUUUCUGGGUUUCCUGUUCUUAUACGUGUAUGGUGUAUAAAGUAUAGAUCUUUACAUCAAUAUCUUGAUUCAGAUAUUUCGAAUCUUAAUUAUUCCUUUUAUCAGUUUAUCUGUCCUUCAAUUAUCCCAUCGUUGGUCAAUCUCUCUCUCUCUCUCUCUCUCUCUCUCUCUCUCUCUGUGUUGAUAUUUAACCUUUUUAAGUGUUGAAUUAGUUUUGUUUUGGGUUUUUGUUCGUUUCUUCAUUGGUGUGAAAGCUGUAACGUGCUGUGGCGUCCGGGCGAGUUGACUUUGUUGGGUGAAUUACAGCUUUCGUGAAAGUUCUGAGUUUUUGAUGUUAGGGUUUCUGUGAAGUGGGAUUGUUCAUAAAGCGAUUUCUUUUCGUUAGGGUGCUCAUAUUUUCGGUUUCUUCUCUGGAGUUGAUUUACGGAUAAAGCGCCGAGUCUCUGCACCAUACAGAAGCGUGCAAUGAGAUUUGGCGGCUAGGGUUUAUCAAUUGAGGUACUUCUAUCUAUGACUUAACUGCGAUUGUUCAGAAAACGUUGUGUUUUAGAUCAGUUGCCAAUUGUCGAGCUUCUUUGCUCUGGGAUUGAUCCGUAGAUUAAGCUCUGAGGGUGCACAUGAUACAUAUAUAUUUGUAUUGCUGGAAAAGCUUGGAGUGUUUAACACUAUAGCUAUCAAUGGAUACAAAGGGCAAGAAUUUUGAUGAUCUGAAAGAUAGCUCCCACAAUAAGCCCCUGGUUAGUGUAGACCAAGAAAAGGUCGAAUUGAAUGGAGCAAUGAGAGUACAUACUGAGGAGGAAUCAUUGUUGGCGCCCCCCAGAAGAGGUGGGUUGUCGAAUAAGUCAGAGAAGCCAAAGCUGAAGGUGCAGUGGAAUGACAAUGUAGGGAAUAAGCUUGCAGAGAUAGUGGAAUUCCAACCAAGUGAUGUCAGUGACUCAGAGGAUGAGGAUGCCGAUUCAGAUGCUUGCAUCUGUGCUAUAAUGUAGAAUUAACGUCAAUAGACAGACUCACUUACCAGCAAUGCCCGGUGAAAGAGACUCCCCAACAAUCUCCAUUUCUGAGCCAUUUUUCCAAAAAGUUGGAAGCUGGAAGCUGGAACUCCUACUAACUUCCUGCUGUAUCAAUGCGACAAAUCCCUGAUAUUUGACACAGCAAUCACUCAGGAGAAGUUGCCUGUCUUGUCUUUCAUCCGAAUUGGUUCAAAUUUUGGCCGUUCACCUGAAGAAAUCAGUUCUUUGCCCUGGCUGAGAACAGCUGAAGAUGGCGACAACGACAACCACGACAAUCUUAGUCCUGGGUUUUGUGCCAUGUUAAGUUUUUAUUUACUUUGUCCAUCACAGUAUGGUUGGAUGUGUGUUUGAUACUUGUUUAACAGGGUCUUGUGUAUGUAUAACCAAUCAUAUGUAUAAUGAAGUGUUGAAAUUUUUUCUUA